CGUCGCGCUCGCCGUCAACGCGCCCGUAUAUAUUACAAUAUUACAAUGUCGUGGUUAUGGCGCAACGGUCGACGCCGCCCGACUAUUAUAGAUUGUGACAGCGCCGACGAGUUAUACACCGGCAGUGUUUGGUCUGCGUCGCUCAUUACACGAACCCACACGCAGUAGCGAUGACGGGAAAAGCAACUCUGGCCGUCGCGCUCUUGUGCUUCUUGCAGGCCUUUGACAACUGUGAGUAUAACGUCCGCAUAUAUAAUAAUAAUACACGUACACGCCGAUAGUAAUAGCGCACGCGCGCAACAUUGUUUCGCCGUUAUUAUCGUUAUUGUUAUUGUUGUUGUUGUUGUUGCUGUUGUUGUUGUUGUUGUUAUUAUUAUCGUUACGAUGUCGCCUGUCGCGCGGCGCGGGGUAGAUGCGCGGUUGUCGUGCGUUUUUUUCACGCUCCGAACGAAAAACGAAAAAAACGUCGGACGUUUACGAUGUUAUAGGAGGAACACGUUGUUGUUGUAGCGAAUAGUCCGUAAUCGAAUUUAUGCCGUGCGGUUUUUUUAGUCUUUCGCCUGUUCAGUCGAAUGACACUUUUGCAUACGCGAUUCGAACCAGAUGAAAAUACUUCGAACAUUCGAACCGCGUAAUAUUUAACAAAUCUCACCGGGGUUCGACAGAAAAAAAAAACCAAAAAACCGAAAAAACCGCCCCGGUGUUUGUGUAAAUAUCCUCGGCGCGCGUUACGCGCGCACAACUCUUAAGUUCGGUUUAUACAACGCCGGCGAUAAUAUUAUCGCGCGUCCAACGGACCAGGUUCGGGGAAACUAUGUAAACCGGUUCAGAUAUUUCUUGAAAACGUGUUUAAAGUCACACCGAGAAAAUAUGUAUUGGUCCCGUCUGUUUCGCGGCGUCCGUCACGGCAAUAUUGCAUUUUUAUUUUCGUAAAAUACACCGUAAAACAAUAUUAUAUUGUAAUAUCGUACCGUAUCGUUUGCCGUUUCGGACAAAUGCGUGCGCACAGACAACGAACGAAUCCUCCGGCGCGCGUCCAAUGUUCAUAACGCCCCGUCUGUAUUUUGCCGGUGGAAAAAAACAAAAAAAAAAAAAAAACCAAAACGAUUUCAUAAAUUCGCCGUUGCUAUGCGGUACCUAAUAGUAUUGGCAAUAAUGAACUGCGAUCGCGUUGUCGUCCGGUAUUCGAUCGGCACGCGCGUGUGAAAAUCAAUAACACUUACAAAUCUGUACACCGUAAACCCCUUGGCGAAUGCUACGUAAUUCCUGUUGCGUGCCGUUUAACGCACGCGCCGCGGCGGUCGCUCGGGAGACGGACUUCCACUUGUACCGGCUUUCGAGUCCGUUUUUAGGCCGCGGCCCGUCUAUUAUGCGCGUCGCGCGGCAUCGAAUCCGUCGAAAUUUCGUAUUCCGCGUUAUUAAUAAUAACCGCGCGUUGUCGUGGUUAGGCGCGCGUGCAUCAAACAGAACGGAUCCGGGGGAUUUUUUCUCUUGUCGCCGUUUUCGAUUCGACGGUUAUGACGAGUACUACUGUUACUGUUGUUGUCAUACGACUGCGUAACGCUCGAAGACAAAAACGUCGCGGCGUGUUUUCGUUACGAUUCCGAACACGACUCCGGUCGGGGCGCCACAACCGAACCGAACGCGUGCGAAACCGCACCGCCGCACCGGGCCUACGGUUCAACGACGUGCGGGGCCGCGCCCCGGCGCAAAUUUGAAAUCGAAAACGCCGCGAUUUCCCGGGCGUUCGACGAUUCCGGCCGGGCCCGCGAUUCACGCGCGCGUGUCAUUUGCCGACCGCCGCCCGUGAUGUGUCGCGCCCGUCACGUAAUCGUUCUCGUUUGUCUGUCGGUCAGUUGCGAUUCUCGGCGCACAGCGUUCGUUUCCCUCCGGGACGAAUUUCUCCGCCGGACCGCGGGCGUAAAAAACCGCGGCGCGCAAUCUUGCGCCGGACCGCGCGCGCGUAUCGCAGUUUCUUACGCAGCCGCCGCGAAACGAUGUUUUGUAUUUCCGGCCGACGGUCUCGUUCGGCUGCGGCUGCUGCUGCUAAUAGUAAUAAUAAUAAUACACGAACGGGGAACAUAAUACCGAUCGGGUUUGUUCACCUCGCCGUCCGAGAAAGCGGUCCGACCGAAAUGACGAUUUUUUUUUUUAUUUUUUUUUUUUUCUAUAUAGGUGUAUAACAACCACGGCGCGAUAAUAGCGAUAGCGCGCAGGUAGUGGUGGUCGGUAAUGUUCGAGUGGGCAUUUGGGUGUACCUAUGUAUACCAUAAUAUUAUACAUUUUUAUGUAUAUAAACGUACACGCGCGUACGGUGUAAUAAUGCAAAACGCAUUACAACGCGGUCCGUCCGAAGAUUUUCUCUUUUCGCCGUUCGCUCGGAAACCCAAUUUAUACGAUUUCCAACGCCUUUUACCGCGUCGCCGCCGGAACAAUGGGCACCGCAGCCGCCGCCGCCGCCGCCGCCGACUAUGCUCAUUAUUAUUACCGUACGUGACUCGGUCGCGACACGUUCGACGGGCCCGAGCCGCGGGCCCCGACAUCGUAAUAAUAAUAAUAAUAUCGGAUUGUGCCAUUAUAUUUCGUAGCCGUGUCCGUUUUUGUUCGUAGAAACCGUAAUGGGUACCCGUAGCCUAAUAAUGGCGUGCGGCCGACGCGGAAUAGACAAAACCCGAACGCGCCCGCGCGGCGCGUUUAUCAUCGUACACGCCCGGGGCGCGACUCACGCGCGGGACCCCGAGUAAAGAUCUGAGCGUUCGGGGGGGGGAGGAGGAGAGGGGGUAGGGCAAUUUUUUUUUUUUUUUUUUACAACGCCAAUACAAUAUAGUGUACCGCCAUUGUAUACACGUCUGCGAUUGGAAUCGGGUUCAAUAGAAUUGUAGUAGAAAGCGAAAUCGGAGAAAUAAUGUGUCUGAGGGGAAUAGCUGGACCCCUGGCCCUACCCCCUCUCCUCCACUGGACCCGUCAUGCGGGCGGUAUUAUACGUAUUUUACGACACAGCAGCUAUAACAUAGUGUCCACGGUGUUUGGUUUGUCUAUCGAAUUUCACAUUUUUUCAGGAGAGCAAAAAAAAAAAAAAAGCAGAACAGCGUUUAAUGAUUUGGAAAACAAUAAAAUUACUCGUGUACACAUAAUAAACAUAACGCGGUAUACGCCUUUUCAACGAAUCAGCGUUGAUUUAAUCACCUAUAUUUUAAAAGGCCGACUGGAUAUGUUUCAGUCGACCAAACCGACUUAAUUGUCCGUAAUUAAAUACGCCCUUUUACCAGUUUAUGCUCCUUAUUUUUCUGAUUUUUUUUUUUUUUUUUUGACACUUAAAACGUACUUUUCGAUUUUUAGCGGUAUGCGCGCCCGUACACGUUAUAGGAUAGACCAAAUAAAAAAAAAAUAAAUAUUUUGUCACGCAUCGCACGUAGUUUCUGCGAUCGCAUGUAUGAGCUAGGUGCGGCAUAAAGUUAUCAGAACUGUUUUUUUUUUUUUUUUUUAAUGUAUUUUUUCGUUUUCGCGUGAUUAUUUUUCUACGCGGCACCGACCGUGGGUGAUUCAAUAAUCCAUAUUUAGCGCGUCGUUUUCUUAUUACAGAUAUAGAUUUCAGACAUAAUAAUAAUAUAAUACACGACCUGGGGGGGGGGGGAAAUACAGCGUUAUCUAUACGUUUGACAUAAAAAAAGAUUGAAAUUCGAUGGUGAAUUGUGUACGCGCGAAUACUGCAACGAAAAAAUUCUAUUCGGUUUCGUUUAUCGCGAGCCAUCAAGUCAGCUCUGUUUAAAAAUAAAUCGACUUUCGAGGCUUUCGAACAAUAAUUCAAUUUUAUCGUUUUAUCUGUAUCACAGGCAAUGGGUUUAUGCAGCCCAGAGAAAAACGUCAAGCCGAAGACUCCGAUGAUCAGUCGGUAGACGAAUUAUGUAAAAACCGACCGCCCGACGAAUAUUUCCGUUUGUCCACCGAGGGCGACUGUAGAGAUGUAGUCAGGUAAUAAUUUGAUUAUUAUUGUAUUGUCUCGUAACUGUUGUAUGUACAAAUAGGUACACCGUUUGUGUCUAACUGAAUUGUUAUUACAAAUUAUAUUUUAUCAGGUAAACGUGUCAAUCGUUUGUGUACACCCGCAGUGAAAACAUUUUUUUUUUUUUUUUGUAAACAACAAUAAUACUAUAAUGUCGGAAACGUUAACAAUCAUUAUAAUAUAAUAUAAUAAACGUUAAAUUUAUCGUGACGUGACGUCGUUUUUUUCAAUCGAUUCACGAAUUGUAUUUUUGAAAAUAUUUUCGGUUAACGCAAACAUAAUUGUACGCGUUAAUCCGACGAUACGCGAGUUCAUUUUUCAUAGGUUAAAACGCAAAGACCCACGGACCUGUUGGACGAUAUUUUAUAUUGUUUACAACGAUUAAAUUCACCUGCCCGUCACGCAAUAAUAAUUACACUCGAGUUGGACAUUCGAAUUUCUUACGCGGUCCAGCGCGAGUUCAAAACGCAUUGCACGGGCCCACAUAUGUAAACUCCCGAUUAAUGUCCUUAUACGCUACGGCUUCGAUCUCGGCGCAUGAACCUUUAUAUUUGUUUUAUUGGUAUGAUUGAUGCCCACAAUAGGUGUGACCAAGCAGGCGAGAACGGCAUAACCCGUCUCGCGGGCGUUCGGUGCCCGAAUGGAUUAGCAUUCGAUAUUGAUCGUCAGACUUGCGAUUGGAAAACUCGUGUGAAAAAUUGUGACAAAUUAGAUAGUAAGUACAACGGACGUCCCGGAGAAGGUGGUUUACGGACUUUACGCGGUGUACGCAUCAUUACAUACUGUUUUUGUUAUGAUUUCAAAACAAAAACAAAUAUUCAUUUGGCCAGGGCUUUAGUUUUUAAGUCUGCGCAGCUCGGUACACACACAUCCAUAAACCAUAUAUACCUAUUACGACACUACUACAUAAUAUAAUCGCCUCGAAUACCAUAUAUUAUGCCUUUGCCCAUGUUCGUUGUUUUUACUAACAAAUAUCUAACAUAACAAUAUAAAAUAGUUUUAUUUGUAUAUAUACAUAUAUAUAUAUAUAUUUGUAUAUAUACAUUUAAUGGUGUUUUAUUUACGUGAACCUUACAUGCAUUGCAUCUGUUUGUUUUGGCUAAAAAUAAUUAAUUUUCAGCAUACCAUCGAUUGAACGUCGUAAAAAGAAUAAUAAUAAUAAAUAAAAAAAAGUGAAAACAAUUUAAAUUUGACAAUGUCUUUUUUUUUUUUUUUUAACAUAAAAAUUGCAUGAACGCAUUUUGUCCUUCAGGUGCACUAAAGCCGGUAUGAAACAAAUUACUUGCCCGUCUGGUUUGGCGUUCGACAUAGAAAAACAGACGUGUGAUUGGAAGGGUAAAGUCACCAAUUGUAACCGUUUGGACAGUAAGUGGCGAUAUCACUGAAUUAGAGGUGAAGGAUGAGAGUGUGAAUUGUACAUUACAAAAAAAAAAAAAAAAAAAAAAAACAAAAAAAAAAUUAACGUAUUUAAUGUCUAUAUAUAUAUAUAUAUAUAUAUAUAUAUAUUAUAAUGUGAAUGUAUGUUAUAUACCUACCAAAGAAAACAAGUUGAGUAGUUUGAAAGACCUGUGAGCCAAACACAGGUAGGCUUUUUUAGAAUUAAUCCUUGUGUUUUGUAACAAAAAAAAAAAAAACACAUCUAGCUUUAGUGUUACAGGUAACUGCACUAUCUUUAAAUUUAACAUUUUUGAGCUUGCUUCUUAUUCAUAAUAACUUUGCAUGAUCACUACAACUAUUUAGUUCUAAUCUUUGUAGAAGUUUCGAUAGAAAAAAUUAAUAACUGUUUUAACAAUAACACGUGCACACAUUUUUUUGAUACGUAAUUACUGCAUUGUGUACAAUACUUACAUGUAAAUCGUUAUUGAAUUAAAAUAAUAUUUUAUCAAAGAUAUAUAUAUAUAUAUAUACUUAUGGAAACACAUUUAAUAAUAAUUCAGUAUAAUUUUUUCUAAAAAAAAUUUCAAGUUUUGAAAAAAAAUUGCCAAACUUGAACUGAACUGACUACUUAUAAAUAUAAUAACGUUAAAAAUAGGUCGAUUUCUUGUUUUUAAAUAUUAUUUUGCAAUGUUUAAUAUUGUCAUAUUCGUGUUAUAUUACGUAAUAUUAUAUAUUUUAUACUGGCACCUACUUCACAUUAUGUAUUACUAAACAUUUUAACUACAUUGUGGAUACAAUUUAGAAAAAAAAAAAAAAAGGUAUUUUCGGGUAAUAAAUAAUCGCCUAUUUUAAUUCACAAACUUUUUAGUACUGUAGAAAACCGAGUUAGAUAUUAAAUUAUCUUAAAAUUAUAUAAUGCUGUUAGAAUACAUAGUUGGUGAUUUGUGCUUAACAGUACGCUAUACAGUGUAAUAUAAUACUGCAAUAAUAUCUAGUUCAUAAAAUAACUAAAAAAAAGUUCUGUUUAAUGAAAUCAAAGUAAUUUUUUUUGAUAAUAGAAUAUUAUAUAUGUAUAUAUAUAUAUAUAUAUAUAUAUAUUUUGGCUUAUCUCAGUAUACCUAAAUAUGCUUUUACCUAUCGAAAAUGCGUUACUAAAACCUAUGCUAUUAAUGCUAUUGUAUCGAAAUAACAUCACAAUAUAGAAAGAAUGAAUUUGUGUUAAUUAUAAUUUAUCAGUAUAUUCAACGCCAUAAAAUAUACGACUAUUAUUAGAUGUAUUAUUUGUUAUAUUAAUUCAGUAGUUAUGUAUUGAAUUUUAUACAUAUUGAUUUUAGAAUUUUCCAUAGCCCCGAAUGUUAAAAUAAAUUCGAAUACGAUUUACGACUAAUACGUUGGUUUCGUUAAAUUUCCAUUCAUAAACAAUUGAAAUCAAUCAAAUAAUAUUGCGAUUCAAUUUCAAAAUUAAUUUUACGGGGAGCUAUUUGAAAUUGCUGCAUAUUAACAGUCAAAUACAAAUUAACAAGGUCUAAAAUGUUCGUUGGCGUUGAAUAUCAUCCUAAUGAAUAAUUAUGCAAUUCAAACGAAUAUCUUAACGUUUAUAAUCGACAUUAUUUUCAGAACCCAGAAAAGCUAUGCCGAAUUUCAAAACAGACGAACCGGUCUGCCCAAAGGACCAAUUACAAUGUGGCAACGGUGAAUGUAUCAACAAGGAACUAUUUUGUAAUGACAGACCGGACUGCAAGGACGAGUCUGAUGAAAACGCGUGCAGUAAGUGCUAUCGAUUGCAAUUAUGCCACUGUAGCGCUGUCACGUGAUCGAUUAUCUUUAACAGAAUAUUAUGCUUUGUGAUUUAUACAGGCGUAGAAACUGACCCGAAUCGUGCUCCUGACUGUGACCCAAACCAAUGCGUGCUACCCGAUUGCUUUUGUUCGGCUGACGGCACUAGAAUACCUGGUGGAUUGGAACCGAGCCAAGUAAAUAUUAUUCGUAAAAUACGUUCUUAUACCUAUAACUACUUAAGUCAACUCAGAAUUUUUUCUUUAUAUACUUACAACCUGCAUUUCAGAAGUAAUCUAGUCUAACAUGAGCGACUGCUUAAAAAAAUUUUCAUAAGAAAUUAAUUUCCAUAAAAAAAAAAAAAAUAAAAACACUUCACAAAUCUGUUAACAAAUUCGAUUUUCAUGGCAAAUGUUAAAUUCCAUUUGAAUAGGUACCUCAAUUGAUUACGAUUACCUUCAAUGGUGCCGUCAAUGUGGAUAACAUGGAUUUGUACGAGGAAAUUUUCAACAACUCAUUGAGCAACCGCUUAAACCCCAAUGGUUGUUCCAUAAAAGGCACGUUUUUCGUGUCACACAAAUACACUAAUUACGCUUUCGUUCAAGAACUACACCGUAAAGGACACGAAAUCGCUGUAUUUUCAUUAACUCAUAAAGACGACCCAAAAUAUUGGACAGGUGGUUCCUAUGACGACUGGUUAGCCGAAAUGGCCGGAGCUAGACUUAUCACAGAAAGGUAAAUUAGAAAUCAUUUUCAAGCAACAAAAUUACAAAUUACAAAUCUCUAUUAAUUUUUUAACAGGUUCGCAAAUAUUUCUGACGGUUCAAUCGUAGGUAUUCGAGCACCUUAUCUAAGAGUAGGCGGAAAUAAACAGUUCCAGAUGAUGGAACAUCAGUUCUUCGUGUAUGACGCUUCUAUUACGGCAUCUCUGGGUCGUGUACCUAUUUGGCCAUACACUUUGUUCUUCAGAAUGCCACACAAAUGUAAUGGUAAUGCUCAAAACUGUCCUAGCCGAAGCCAUCCGGUAUGGGAGAUGGUCAUGAAUGAACUGGACAGGCGUGAUGAUCCAACUUUUGACGAAUCUCUACCAGGUUAAUGAUCACAAUGAAUUUUUUUUUUUUUUGCAUAUUUUAUUAAACAUUUAUACAUAUUUUAACUUCUAUAUUUAGGUUGUCAUAUGGUUGAUUCCUGUUCUAACAUCCAAACCGGCGAACAGUUUGGCCGCUUACUAAGACAUAACUUUAACCGACACUUCUCUACCAACCGUGCUCCAUUAGGAUUACACUUCCAUGCAUCAUGGCUUAAGAGCAAAAAAGAAUUCAAAGAUGAACUAAUCAAGUUUAUCGAAGAAAUGUUGAAAAGGAAUGAUGUAUAUUUUGUCAACAUGUUACAAGUAAGUAAUUACUAAUAAUUAUAAUCAAAUAAGUAAUAACUUUAUAUGUAUUACUCAGAUGACCAGAACUAAUAAUUUACUCAAACAAAAACUAAAUUAAACAAAUUAAAUAUAAAAUUGACAAUAUUGUAUAGUAUAUUAAAAAUAUCCUUCUUCUAGGUUAUUCAAUGGAUGCAAACACCAACUGAAUUGGACAACAUGAGAGAUUUCACGGAAUGGAAGGACGAAAACAGUAAAUGUGAUGUUAAGGGACAACCCUUCUGUUCGCUGUCAAAUCCUUGCCCACUGACCACCAGAGAACUUCCAGGAGAGACAAUCAGACUGUUUACUUGCAUGGAAUGCCCUAACUAUUACCCAUGGAUUUUAGAUCCUACUGGUGAUGGAUUUUCCACGAGGAGAAGACGAAAUGUCCACUUAAACUUUAAAAACAAAAACAAGUAUAUCUAGUCACAAUUUAAAUUUAAUAUCAGUUAAAUUUGAAUUUUAAAGACAUCGCAUAAAUUGUGGUUAUUUUAUUUCGUGUUGUUUUUAUGUAUUCGAUGAAAAUAUUAAAUACAAUUAUUAAGUACAAUAUUAUCGUAAGUUUACUUAAAUUAUUUUGUUUAUUUUUUUUUUUUUUAUUUUUUUUUUUUUUUACAUUAUAAUAAUGAUAUUUUAAGUAUGUAUUUUUUAUGUUUAAAAUAUAAUAUGAAUGACUUCAUUUACCUAAUUAAAAUUAAUAUAUUUUUAUAUGUUAAAAUUCAAGAUAAAAAUAUACUCUACACCCUGAUUUUGGUAGGUAUAGUUACAUCAAAACAAAUUUAUGAAUUAUAUUACCCUCUUUAUAUACUUUAUUGUAUAAUUGUAUUAGAUUUAAAAUUGUCAAUAAAUAAUACAUUUUAUUUCACUUUAGUAAACUGGAAAUAAUAUUAUCGA